GCCCUUGGCCUGCUGGGAGCAGGGCUGGGAGUGAGCAUGCCCGGUGCCGGGGAAUGGGAGGGGACGGAGGCAGCCGGGCAGAGGAAGGACAGGGGAGGCUGGCGCCGGGCUGCAGCAGGGGCCAGAGUGGGCAGGAGCGCGCAUUGCGGAGUGGGGGGGGGGCACAGACACCCCUCCCCAGCAGAGUGGGGGGCUCGGCUGCAUGCCAGGGAGGGAAGGGAGCAGCGGAGAGGAGGUCAGACUAGAUGAUCAUGAUGGUCCCUUCUGGCCAUAAAGUCUCUGAGUCUCUGAGAUCUGCAGGGCACUGUCUUGCCUGGCACCGUGCCCCCUUCCUCUAGCACCACCUCGCCGUGCAGGGUAUCCACGCCCUCCGGGGACCCCUCCAGCUACCCCUCCCCACUCGGCGCCAGGCAUGCCCGGGGACGCCGAGGAGAUCACCCGUCUGCGCAAGCCCCGCUUCUCCUACGAGGAGAACCAGAUCCUGAUCCAGGAGGUGCGCGCCCACUACGCCAAGCUGUAUGGCGCCCAGAGCCGGCAGGUGACGGUCGCCGAGCGCCGGCGCGUCUGGGAGGGCAUCGCCGCCAAGAUCAACACCAUCACCAGCUGGAAGCGGACGGGCCAGGAGGUGCAGAAGCGCUGGAAUGACUUCAAGCGGCGCACCAAGGAGAAGCUGGCGCGGGUGCCCCACUCCACCCAGGGCGCUGGGGGAGCAGCUGCCAGCGAGGAGACCUUCUCGGCAGAGGAGGAAACCAUCUUCGCCAUCCUGGGGCCCGGAGUGAUGAUGGGGCCCGGCAGGGCGGAGCAGCACCCCGCAGACUUCGCCCACAGAUAUCACCAUAGCUCUGAGACGCUGGCCGGGGGCAAGAUCUCCUCCAGCCCUGAGCCCUCAGUCCAGCCCCCGUGCUGCGCCCUGGACGGGGUCCUGCUGCAGCCCAAGGAGCACGACUUGUCGGCGCCCCCCUCGGUGGAGCCCUCCCUUCAGAUCGUGCGGCUGGCACCCUCGCCAGCCGGGCUGGGCUGCCGGCCCCACCGGGGACACUCGCCCAUGGAGCAGCUGGGCAGGGAGCAGCCCCUGGGCUCCCCACCCCCCCGGCGCCGGCGUCCACACCCUGAGCCCUCGCUGGAUCUCCUGGCUGCCCAGCGGGAGACGGCCGAGGCCAUCCGCGACCUGACCUACACCAUGCACCACAGCCUGGACCGUCUCACCAAUGUGGUAGCUGCCCUCCUGCCCCUCCUCCCAGCCCAAGGACCUGGCCUGGGCACCCCCCACGGGGGCCUCUUCCACCAGCAGGCGCCCGUCGGCUCCCCACUGCCAGCGCCCCCCGCCAAGAGUCCACUCCCUGCUGAGACCUUCACCACCAAGGUGGAAAUGUCCUCUGAAGUAGGGGAGAAUGCGGGACAAUCCCAAGGGGGCCUCCCCACCGAGGCCCCCUCCUGCUGCAGCUCCCCGCCACUGAAGCGAAGGAAGGGGAUCCCCACUCGGAAGCGUAGGGGGCGCUGGAAGAAUCUGUGAAUCCCCAGAGCCUGGGGAUUCCCCCAUGGAGGAUCCUGCCCCCCAAAGUAGGCGGGUGCAGGGCACCAGCCACGGGACAGUGAGAGUUCAGUCACUUGAAGGGAAAUUCUCCUGCAGCCCCCCCACCCCGAAUCUGAUCAUCCCACAUACCCCAUGGCGCAGAGGAUGCCCCGUCUGCUCUAACAGAGAGUGAUUCCCCCUCCACCCCCGGGCUUUGCUACAAUGGAUGAGCUGAGUGGUCAGCAAAGCCCUGGCAAAAGGGCUGAAUGUAUCUGCAGCUGGAAGUCGGAGACUGCCACAUCCUCUGCCCCAGCUCUGCCGGUGACCCUCAAUCCCAACCCACAGGCUCCCCCCAGCUUUGCCAGUGCCCUUCACUCCAGACCCACAGCCCCCUGCCAGCCCAGCCCUGGGCUCCCCCUGCCAGCUCUGCCUGUGCCCCUCACUCCCGACCCACAGUCCAUCUGCUACUCCUGUAACUGGCCAAUGCCACUAAAUUGUGUCCAGGCAGGGGCAGGUUUAUAACAUGGAUAAACACUGUCCAGGAGUCAGGUGAGAUCCCCAACCCACAGGCCAGGACUGAGCCCCAGGCCAGGGAGAGGCGAUUGUUGCCUUCCUCUGGGGUCCCCUUUCAUUUCUGUGUCUGUCUUGGUGCUGCCCUGGAGGGAUCCGACAACACAACCCUGCCCCAUGCCCCAAGGUUGGGAUCUGUGUCCAGGCUUCAGAUUCCAGCUCUGGGUUCAGAUUCAGUGUCCAGCCCAAGGUUUGGGGACCCUCUUGGGGGUCCCACAGUCUCCCCCCCCUCCCCAAGGACAGACCACGGGGCUGGAGGGCUUUUAUACCCCUGCUAGCAAGGGGCCGGGGAGCAAGGGGUUAACGGCUCGAGUGUGUGUAUGUGGGGGGGAUUUCAGCCCACAUGACCGGAGGGGGAGGGGUGUCAGAUCUAGUCCAUCCUUCCUGCGUCACAUCCCCUAGAGGUCACCCAAAGGGGGGAUAGCAGCAGACACCCCAGGGCCCCUGCCUGGGAAGGCCCCGCUCGGGGGUGCCCGUUUGCACCCCUUGGUCCAGACACACCCCUCCCCUCCCCCGGGACACGCAAUAAACUAUUUUCAUACUGAA